AUGAUGGAAAUGACCCCUCUGACCGAUUCCCGAGACAAUGAUCACGACACCCACCCCCCAAUACCACAAUCCGAAGCGAGCAGCAAAAAAGAAAAAGAACCUCUCGCCGUCAGAAAAUCUCGCAGAUCUAUAUGGCUCGAUUCAUGGUUAUUCGAGUGUAUAGCACUGGCAUUCAGCAUUGCCUGUUUUAUCGCUAUAGUUAUCGUUCUGCUCAUAUACGAUGGCAAACGGCAACCCGACAUGGCUAAUGGCCUUACUCUCAACACGAUCAUCUCGGUUCUAGCGACAGGGUGCAAGUCGGCGUUGGUCCUAGUUAUAAGUGAAUCAAUCAGUCAACUGAAAUGGCCAUGGUUUCAAAAUCCUACACAAAGUCAAAAUCAACUGGUCACCAUUCAGAAGUUUGAUGCUGCGAGCAGAGGGCCUCUCGGAUCAUUUAUGAUGAUCAUCCAUCAUCGCGCACAGUCCAUUGUCUCCUUCGGCGCCGCAAUCAUAGUUCUUCUACUGGCAUUCGAUCCGUUCAUGCAACAGCUUCUGACAUACCCAGUCCGACCCAUAAUCAGCCAAGACAGCACCGCCAGUACGCCACAGCGACUUGCACACCUUCCCCUGGAACAAGACUCCACAUCCGCCUCCUCAUCCUCCUGGGACAGUGCUCUUGCACAAGCCCUCUGGACAAAUGGCGACUUUACCGUUAUACCCCAAUGUUCAUCAGGCAAUUGCACAUGGGAUAUAUUUUCGUCCGUGAGCGUAUGCAGCCGAUGUGAAGACGUGACCUCCACCAUUAAAUUCGACUGCGAAUCACCCUUGCCUUCAGUGAACGACGUAAAGAAGGCCUUCAACAUAUCAUGCUAUAUUUACCUACCUGGCGGCAUACCCCCCCAUGUUUAA